UUGUCAAAGAAGUAGAGUGUGAGGUGAAAACAAUAUAUUUUUGUCCUGAACAGAGUGCAACAAUAUAUUGCAAUGUUACCAGUGAUUUCACCAAAUUAUACUGGAAAAACUCUACAGAUUAUGUUGUAGCAUCACAGACUGUUAAUAAGGGCAAAAUUACCAAAAAAAGUCCACAUAAAACAUACUCCUCAUCUGACCGAUUUGAAGUCCAAGGAUUAUCAUUGAAAAUAGCAUUUCCAAAGGAUGGUGAACAAUUCUAUUGUGAUGUUGUAUCGAGGAAAAAAGAAAAAAAACAGCAUUUUACUCUAGUCGAGUACAGUGAACCUUAUCCUGAUGGUGUGUGCAGUUCAACAAAAGACACUAACAAAACAAAAAGCAGGCAGUUGAGAAGUAGUGGAACCAACAAAAUUACCAAGGAAAUUAAUGAAACAAACUUUGUAUGCAUAAAUGGAAGAACUAUUUUAAAAUGUGAUAAUGGGCAACACGAUAGGCAUAUCGCAGAGUACUGGGAAGAUAGAUAUGGCAAAUUGAUUGUGUCUAAUGUGGAUGGGAGACUAUCAAAUACGUCCGAUGCCAGAUAUGUAUUUAACCAUAUGAAUUCCACAUUGUUAAUCCAAAAUGUAUCAACAUUAGAUCAUCUAUUUGUUUGCAAAACUGUCUACAAAAAUGAAGAUAUCAUAAAACGUUUCAAUUUACUGGAAUAUGGUAAUUAUAGUCUUUGUUGUAAUUACAGUUUUUCAAAGUAGGACCAAGAUGUAACAACAAUGACAAAAUGCCAGGAUAACCCAUAAAGCUGAAAACAGCUUAAUUUCAAUGGGGUACUAUAAACAAGCAAUUAAGAAUUAAAAUUAAAAGUGUACAAAAAUAACAAUCAUGGUUGAUGAACAUUUCCAAGGUGAAAGCUUAUCACAGGUUUAAACUCAUUUAAUUCGACAUGUGCUCUUGGGGGAAGGGCCAGAAUAAACCUUA